AUGUACGCCUUAAGGAAUGAAUCUAUCUAUUUAUCUAUCUAUCUAUCUAUCUAUCUAUCUAUCUAUCUAAUCUAUUUCAGUCUGUUCAUUAUCUGUCUAUCACAGUUUAAACCAAAAUCUAUCUCUAUCUAUAUCUAUCUAUCUAUCUAUCUAUCUAUCUAUCUAUCUCUUUCAUAUCUAUCUAUCUAUCUAUCUAUCUAUCUAUCUAUCUAUCUAUCUAUCUAUCUCUGUACAUAUCUAUCUUUCUAUAAAUCUAUUUCAAUCAGUUCAUAUAUAUCUAUCUAUCUAUCUAUCUUAGGCUUUUGUUCAUAUCUAUCUAUCUAUCUAUCUAUCUAUCUAUCUAUCUAUCUAUCUAUCUUAGGCUUUUGUUCAUAUCUAUCUAUCUAUCUAUCUAUCUAUCUAAGGCCGUUCAUAUCUAUAUAUCUAUACAUCUAUUUCAAUCAGUUCAUAUGUAUGUAUAUAUCUAUUUCAGUCAGUCCAUAUCUAUCUAUCUCAAUUGAAAAUGUAAAAAUAUGUUCGCACAUGCGCACACGUGCACACAUCUCUCUCUCUUUCUUUCACUCCCUCUCUCUCUCUCUCCCUCUCUCUCUCUCUCUCUCUCUCUCUCUCUCUCUCUGCAUAAAUGCAUGGAGGCUAAAGACAGUAUUAUUAUAG